AUGAAUCGAGGUGGUCAGUUAAGAAAUGAAGGGAGGUGGAAUCUUGUUAGGUCAUACGCAUUCGAAGAAAAUAAUCGAGAAUAUCAAAAGUUAGACAUCAUGGAAUUUUCUGGUGAUGAUUUCAAACCUGAAGCAUGUAUGAAUAGAUUAAUAAAUAUCGAUACUAAAUUACAUAAUAAUAAUAAAUCAUCAAAAAAUUGGAUAGAUAUCCGUAAGGCAAUUGCAAACGUCCCUACUGAAGAGGGUGUGAAAAAUUUUUUAAAUUCUUUAAAAGAAUCAAAAGAAAUGGCUGCAAUUGACCUUCAGAGGAAUGUUUAUAAAAAUUAUAAUGAAUUUUUAGAAAGUGAUAUGCUCGUUUUGAGAGGAUUAUUAAACGAGUUAAGAAAUGUUAGUGACAAUUUAAGGGAUGAUGGUUCAGAGUCUGGACCUGUACCAUUGGUGACAUCUGAACCAAUUGUUCACAGAGGUCGUAAUAAGCCAGCUAAUAACAGUGGUGCAGAUCAGCGAUCACUUCAGAAAGCUCGAAUUCAAGCACUUUGGGAUGGUGUGGAAGGUGCACAGGCUAAAUAUUCGAAUGUAGUCGAAAUUAGUUUUAGUACAAAUAAACCAAAACAUCCUGUUCAUCUAUUCUUGUUGAAUGAUUGUUUAUUGAUCGCUGUCAAAAAGAAACGACAAGGUACAUCAAAAGCAAAAUUGGUGGCAGAUCGUUGUUGGGGAUUAGAUGAUAUUAGUUUAAUAGAUAUGAAAGAUACUGAUGAGCAAGUGAAUUUUUUUAAAAUUUUGAAGCAUCCAACGGAUCAAUUUAUUUUUCAGGCUAGUGAAACUGAGGAAAAGAAAAAUUUGUUUAGUUUAAGUAAACGCGCUACUGAAGAGAUGAUGUCUUCUAAAGCAGCGAAACAUGCUGUUCUUCGAGAACUUUCGGCCGGUGAUUUUCGGGAGAUUGAACAAAUAGGUGAUCAAUUAGAAGUUCAUAUGGCGACAAGAGAUUUCGAAGAAGCUGUAGAGACCAAAAAUAUAUUAUCCAAUGUAUCAUCCGAUCCAUCAAAAUUAGAUGCUAUUCGAACCAAAAUGGAGAAUCGAGUAGUACGAUUGUCGCGUGCAAUUAGUCGAGAUUUGACCAAUCCUGAUGUUAAAAAGUCUCAAGCACGCGAAUUGUUUCUUGUGGCUAGAAGUGAAAAUAUUCGACUAAGAACAAAACAACUCAAAUUUGAAGGAGACAUUCCCCAAUAUAUUAAUGAAUUAUCACUUGUAUACUUUACACUAAUUAAGAAUACAUGUGAUUGGUAUAAUGCAGCAUUUAGAGAUAUGAGGAUGGCAUCAGGUCUUGUUAAAUGGGCUCAAGAAGAAAUGGAACACUAUGCGAAUAUGUUUCGACGUCAAGUGUAUAGCCUUCAUGUACGGGAUGAAAUAAUUGUGAAUGAAUGUUUGAGAUAUUCUAGAGAACAUUCUCAGGGAAGUAGGAUUGGACUUUAA